AUGUCUGCAACACAAACAGAAACACCAGCAGUGGUGCUGGAAAAACAAACCACCCAAAUCGACCAAAAUGGCAAGGUUGUCUUCAAACCCUCACGGGAGUUCCUCCUUGCCUUCAGCGCCCUCUGCGCCAUCGCCUUAGCCGUCGCCUUUGACGCAACAACCCUCUCCGUCGCCCUCCCGACAAUGAGCGUCGCCCUCGGCGGAACCGCCCUCGAGGCCUUUUGGUCCGGCACGAGCUUCCUCCUCGCGAGCACGGUGCUACAGCCCACCGUUGCCGGGCUUAGUAACAUCUUCGGGCGCAAGGCCCUCGUGUACGUUUCAGCCCUGCUCUUCGCCGCGGGCUCCAUCGUCGGCGCCCUCGCCAAUAACUUCCACGUCGUCAUCGCGGGGCGGACCAUCCAGGGCGUGGGCGGCGGGGGGAUCCUCGCCCUCACGGAGGUUAUCAUCACGGAUCUCGUCCCGCUCGCGGUGCGGGGCCAAUGGUUUUCGCUCCUGUCGGCCGUUUGGUCUGUCGGUACGGUCACGGGGCCCCUGAUCGGCGCCGGAUUCGCGCAGAAUAUCUCAUGGAGAUGGAUAUUUUGGAUCAAUCUUCCCAUCAUCGCCAUCGGCGCGGUUAUGAUCUUCUUCUUCCUCAAGCAGGCCAAGGUGCCCGGUCACAUUGGGACCAAGCUCAAGAAGUUUGACUGGCUCGGGAGCUUCUUGUUCACGGCGGGCUCGACGAGUUUCCUGUUUGGCAUCUCGACGGGCGGUGUCAUGUAUGAGUGGGCCUCCUUCAGGUGUCUGCUGCCGAUGAUUCUGGGCGUUUUCAUUCUUGUGGCCUUUGGGUUCUGGGAGCUGAAGUUUGCGCCAGUGCCCAUGAUCGACAAGGGCAUCUUCAACAACUGGACCAUGGUCGCCAACUACAUCAUGACCGUUUUCCAUGGCAUGAUUCUCUGGUCGAUUCUCUACUUCCUUGGAUGUCCCCAGGCUUACUCCUCUCUCACAGUCCUCUACUACCAAGCCGUCAAGGACUACUCCGUCGUCGUCUCCGCCAUCGCCGCCCUCCCAGAAAGUCUCACAGUCGCGCCCUCCGCCAUGGCCGUCGGCCUCAUCGCCGGCGUCACGGGCCGGUACCGCUGGUCCCUCUGGGCCGGCUGGGUCAUGAUCACCUUUGGCGCCGGCCUCAUGUGCCUCAUGCGCCCCGACACCUCCGUCCCCGCCUGGAUCUGGCUCAACAUUCCCAUCGGCCUCGGCACGGGCAUGCUCUUCCCGGCCAUGGCGCUCUCGAUCCAGGCCGCCUGCGAGCCCGCCCUCAACGGGCAAGCCGCCGCCUUUUAUUCUUUCUUGCGCACGUUUGGACAAUCCGUCGGCGUCGCCGUCUCGGGCGUUAUUUUCCAGAAUGCGUUCCGCAACAGGCUGCUUGAUAUCCCCUCGCUGGCGGACGUUGCGGAGGAGUACUCGCGUGACGCGACGAUUGUGGUCGAGGUGAUUAAGAGGAUGCCAAAGGGCGAUGCGAUGAGAGCGGACUUGGUGGAGGCGUAUUGCGAUGCGCUGCGGGCGAUUUGGAUUAGCUUGAUUGCGUUUGGCGGCUUCUGCAUGCUCAUCAGCGUUACGGUCAAGAAGUACAGCUUGGAACAGGAGCACGUCACGGACCAGAGAUUGGUUACGAGCGACGAUACGAGUAAGGAGGACGAGGAGAGCCAGGGAGGGGAUCUGGAAAGGGGGCAGAAGGUGAGAUCCUAA